GUACAUAUGUGCACACUUUUUGUUUUCUUUUAUGGAAUUAUAAAACAAAGGCAACCAAACUCAUACAUAAACACUCUCUCUCCGCCUCUGUCUAUUCAGCACGUUUUCUUUCUUACUUUCUUUCUCUCUCUCUCUGUCUCUCUCUCUCUCUCUGUCUCUCUCUCUGUCUCCAUCGCUCACUCAUUCUCUCCGUCCCACAAUCUCCGUCGCUUCUUAAUCUUGUUUUUUCUAUCUCUUUCUCUCUCAUUCUCGUUACUCAUUUAUUAAUCUUACACCUCUUGUGUCUUCCUUCCGUCUACCUCUUACUCCAUUUCUUCUUCUUCUUCUUCUUCUUCUUCUUCUUCUUCUUCUUCUUCUUCUUUCCCCCCUCCCCCUCCUCCUCCUCCUCGUUCUGCUCUUCUUUUUAUCCUCUCCUCUUCCGACUCUCCACUGCCGACUCCACUGAUAGCUCUAUAAAUGUGUGCUAGUCUUUGCUCCUUCUUUUUCGUUAUCUUCGUCGUCGUCGUCGUCGUUGUUGGUGUUAUUGUUGUUGUUGUGGUCAGUUACAAGUUACCAUUGAAGAUAUCCUGAUGAAUAACUCGAACUCCAACACCGGGAUUACACCACGGCUUCUCUCGCCGUGGUUUUCAUUCAAUUUAUUUCGUGUUUUAAUAUUAUUGUUAAUUCGACCGUGUCUGGGAUUCUACGGUGCAUCUUUCCACCCAGCAGUAAAAGACAUUACCCAGGUGGUAUACAAGACUAAAUCCCAGUGGAUCAAUGUUACAUCCAUGUUGAAAGGGAAUUUAUUUUCAACCAGCCCGAAUCUUACACCUAAACCCUAUAUCAACUCGAACCUUAGACCCAAACUAAAAUCGGAUCUAGGCUCUAGCUCGAAUUCGGUCCCAAACUUCAGCUUAAGUUCGAGCAAACCUGCAGUAUUUAGAGGACGAAUUACACCCACUACUCCGCAUUUGCUUAGUUUGAAUUCGAACCGCGAUCGCCGUCACGUAAUAGCUGAUGCUCAGUACAACCUUGUUCGUCUACUACCGUCUCAUCGAAAACUUAUGAGUGAGAACGUUGCUUCAGUACCAAAAAUGGGCGAGAUUAUAGCCACCGUGAACUAUAAUAGUAACAAUAACAACAACAAUAACAACAAUAUUGAUAAGAACAGCAAGCAUAAACACGCAUACACAAUUUACAAAAACUUCCAUAACAAUGAUAACAACAACAACAAAAGCCAUAUCAAUAGUAACAACUAUAAUAACAGCAGUAGAAUAAGUUCUAAUGAAAACAACAAAGGCCACGUGUAUCAGAAUAAGUUUAGCAAUCAAACUUCGGAUAGUGGUCGGGUUGACAGCAGUGGUGGUAUGAAACAUGGUGACGAUAUUAUUCUCAACAGGGCUAAUCGAAGUGUUGAGGGCGAUGGAAGGCGAACGAGUGAUGCCGUUCCAUUCGUGCCUACUCCUUUAAUUACGGAAGAGGCAAUCAGUGAAAAUGAUGGAAACAAGGCUGUCGUUCUUCGGGGUUCCCCAAAAGAUCCGGCAUCGCAGGAAAAGAGCGAAAGGUCCCUCAAUAUUUCCAAGAAAAGAUCCGACGGAAGUCCUCAUGAAUUUUCCGAUGAAGGGCCGCAAGCAAAACCUUAUGAAAGUUCCAACGAAAUGCUCGACGAAAUGUCCCAGGAAAUGUCCGAUGAAACUCCACGGCAAUAUUUGUUGAGAGGAGGGAGCGAAUGCAGCGCCGAUGAUAUAUAUCGGGCCAAAAUACAAAAUGAAAUUUUAGAAAAUGAAGAAGAAAACGAAGAAGACAAAGGCAAUACGGAUUUACGAACUACACUGUAUAUUGGAGGCUUAUUCGAAUCUACGGAAUUACAUUCUUACGGAAGGUCGGAAUUACACGCAGCUCGUUUGGCAAUUAAACAUAUCAACGAGAAAAACAUUAUCCCUGGAUAUAAGCUCGAUUUGGUGUUCAACGAAAGUUCGUGUGAUCCUGGAAUAGCUACGGAUGCUCUUUACAAUUUGAUAUACUGUAAACCAGAGAUGAUAAUGUUUAUUGGAGGUGCUUGCACUGAAGUCACGAAAACUCUUGGAGAAAUAGUGCCUUACUGGAACCUAAUAUUGUUGUCCUAUGCUUCUGUAUCGCCAGCUCUUAGCAAGAGGGAAGUGUACAAGACUUUGGUUAGUGUAGCCCAAGCUGACUCAUCAUACAAUGUCGCAAGGAUGUUGUUUAUCAAACACUUCAGGUGGGAUACCGUUGCUACCAUCUACGAAGACAUGGAGAAAUUUUCACUGGCGAUGGCGGACAUGUCAGAAACUUUUGAACAGAACAACAUAUCCCCGAAGACUACUGAAGUUUUCUUAACUGAUGUGGCAGCAAAACUAGGAAAUCUCAAGGUUAAUGACGCACGGAUUAUCAUUGGAGGGUUCAGAGAAAAUGCUGCCAGGAAGGUUAUCUGUGAGGCUUACAGGUUGAAACUGUAUGGAAGACGCCAUGUCUGGAUGUUAAACGGAGGCUACACACCAGAGUGGUGGAGAGCAAAAAACGAUACGAACUGCUCAGAAGAUCAACUAACUGAGGCGCUCCAGGGGUACUUUACAGUAGCUAGCAUAAACGCCCUGUCAGGCAGUAUGGGGAUGCGAUCUAUAGGCGGACUGACAACGGAAGAUUUUAUUGAAGAAUAUUUCCAGAACAACGGUACGGCACCUAUCAGUCCCCACGCUACCAACACAUACGAUGCAAUCUGGACUAUAGCCUUGACACUCAAAAGUGUUGUCGAAGAGAAAAUCAACGGAAGUGAUUCCGACGACCCUAAAGACGUACACCUUGAGCACUUCCAAUAUGAAUCUGGUUCCAAUUUGAGCAAACAAUUCUUAGAAACAAUUGAUAAAUUAGAGUUUGUAGGAGUUUCGGGUCCAGUGUCUUUCGAUGGUCCAGACCGCCAGAGUCUAGCAGUUAUUCAACAAUACCAAGGUGGCAAAAUGCAAGUUGUUGCACUGUACGAGCCAGACAACGAAUCCUUAAACUUUAGCUGUGAUGCAUGUGUUCCGAUUGUCUGGCGAGGACGCCGUGUACCCUAUGACAAGAAUAUAAUUGUUAUGAAAUUAAAAGCUAUACAUCCCACAGCAUUUUACACAGUAUGUGCUCUGUGCAUCGUUGGUGUUUCACUGGCUAUAUUCUUUCUGGCAUUCAAUUUGUACAAUCGCAGCCUCAAAUACAUUAAAUUAUCCAGUCCUAUACUGAACAAUGUUGCAGUUAUUGGAUGUAUACUAGUCUAUCUUGCCCUCAUGCUACUUGGUUUUGACGAGAAGACGAUGCGGCGAGAUCAUUAUCCAUUUGUUUGCACUACUCGCGCAUUCUUGUUCGCUGCAGGAUUCUCAUUGGCAUUCGGGGCAAUGUUUUCCAAAACCUAUCGGGUUCACCAAAUAUUUACCCGAGCUCACAGUGGCGUGAUACGAAGCAAGUUACUACGAGACAAACAACUCCUAUUUAUAAUUGGUGCUCUGCUAGUGCUUGAUAUCUCCUUAAUUUCUGUAUGGAUUGUCGUGGAUCCCAUGCACCAAGUGAAAACAAACUUAUCCUCACAGCUCUCAACCGACGAUGAAGAUGUGGUGUAUAUUUCGCAGUUAUCCAGAUGUCAAUCGAACCAUCUAGAAAAAUGGAUGGGUGUCAUGUAUGCCUACAAAGGUCUUCUUCUCAUCUUUGGAGUGUAUAUGGCUUGGGAGACUCGUAACGUGAAAAUACCUGCCCUGAACGAUUCCCGUUACAUCGGGAUGAACGUCUAUAACGUAGUUAUCAUGAGUACAAUAGUAGUCGUACUCUCUAAAAUACUCUCAGAUCGACCAACUUUAUCUUAUGCCAUCCAAUCAACGUUCAUUUUCCUUUCCACUACAGGAACUCUUUGUCUCAUGUUUUUACCGAAGAUAUACGCGAUUAUGACGUCAAACGGUAAUCCAGUGAUCACAGGUACUGGUAUCACAGUCCAAGCCAACAUCCGCAGGUUCGAUUUCAGUGACAAGAAGGAGCUGCAGUACAGGGCUGAAAUUCAGAAUAAAGUUUACAAGAGAGAGUUAGUGGCGCUCGAGGAAGAAAUCAAUCGUCUGGAGUAUUUAUUGGAAUUACCAAAUAUCUCAUAUUUCCGCUUUACUGAUGAACUGCUCGCUUUGAUGCCGGAAGACGGGUUGGAUAGUUUGUCUACCAGUAUCACCGGAACUGCUGCUGCUUCUGCUCAGCGCUGCCAUUCAAUAUCCGAUGCAGACGACGUGGUCUCAUAUUUUGGAGAGACAACAGAAGACAGUCACCCUGAAGAAGACGAAGUCGAUGCGAUAUCGGAAAGAAAUGAAGGCAAUUUUCAAAUCUCGGGUCUAUUAGUCAAAGAUAAAAGCAAGGUUUCUAAUUUCAAGUCCAAUUGCCGUAAAUAUACCAAAAAUCUCAUCAUACGUUCAGAGCAGGAAGCUUGUCUAGAGGACACGAAUAACAAGACUAUAAAAUAUAUAGACGAAGAAGAAGAAGACGAAGAAGGUGAUGGAGUAGGAGUGAGAGGAGUGAGAGAGAUGGAAGAAGGAGUGGGUGAUGAUGAUAAGGAUGAUGAAGACAAAAAUGAAGAAGAAAAACGUUUCUCGGGAGAUAACGGUAUUGGUGCUACGAGAAUGUGUAAGAGAUACAAGCUUAAUAAUUUAAAAGCAAGUAAGGCAAGAUUUUUUGCAGCUCAUCGCAGCGUUUCCAUGAGCGUUGACAAUGAAGCUGAACAACUUCCGGUUACAUCGUCAGUUGAAAUAUUAAAGGAACCCAUAUUGGGAUCACCUUCUGUUGACGACGGUUGUUACUCUGCAACUGUUUCCGACCUACGGAACGAUAAAGCAAUGAAUCAACAUUAUAGACUAAAGAAACCACAGCGACCAAGCUUGCGUCGGUCGAAAACACAGCCAUCGCCGCCACGGUCUCCUGAUAAAAACAGAUAUAGUGUACAUAAGACAGUGCGGUUUUUAGUGGAAGUGGAGGGUUGUGGAGAAGGGGGAGAUGAUGGGGAUGAUUAUUACAACGUUAACCCCCAUUGCCAUGACUACAACUAUGAAGUCAUUGCUGAUAAUGACGAUGAUGAAGAAUAUAAUAACAAGCAGUACAGGAAAGGAAGAGUCCAAUAUGCUGGUUCAGGGGAAGAUCGUCAAGGUAGAACAUUUGAAAAAGAAAAAUAUCCAGGGAAAAUAUACAACACAGUCGCCUCCAUGAGAUUGUCUUCAAUAUCGUCACCUUCUCUACAGCGUGGUUCUAGUACCACAAUGAUGCCAAAUUUGGCUACAUCAAGUUCAAUAUCCUCGUCCUGGUCAAAUUUCAGACUCAAUCUCUUCAAAAAGUUAACCCAGAAAUCUUGGAUUGAUGAUACAAAAAAUCGGCGAACCAAGCUGAACAAUACCGAAGAAUUACUUCCAGUACAGUCGGGUCCUAAAAGAACUUCAUCUUCAUCGUUAUCAUCGUCAUCAUCGCCAUCGUCUGACUACAUGCUCACAUGUUCAAACAAAAUGGUUCCAUCGAAAAUGAAACCUUUAUUACAAAAGAAUAUAAGCGAGGUGUCGCCCCCUUCUCAGAGUAGGGGAAAACUGCCGUAUGUUUCAGACUGUACUUUAAAAGAAGAAAAUAGCAAAAUUUGUCCUCGCAUCGAAGAGCCAAUGAGAAUAUCAUCCAAAAAAUGGGCGAAAGUAGCAGCAAAGGUGGCUUCUAAAGCAACAUCAAGAGCUGUAGUCAGAUCUUCAUCCUCUUCAUUUUCUGCGCCUGCGACGACGUUGGUAACAACUAAUACCAUUGCUACUGCUACAACUAUUACUACUGAUAAUCUAGCUUCUACUACUACUAAUACUACAUUUAACAACAGCACUUCUACUGCUGCUACUAAUGCUGCUACAACUAGUACUAUUACCACUUAUACUAAUACUAAUAAUAGCAGCAUUAUUACGACUGAUACUAAUAUUUCAGUUCAGCCUACAUCCUCGUCAUCGAUGUCGUCGUCUUCGUCAACGGCAUUAUCAUCACCAUCAUCAUUAUCAUCAUCAUCACCUUCAUCAUCAUCAUCAGCAACAACAACCAUAACAACAAUAGCAACAACAACAAAAACUACAACAACUACUACUACUACUACUACUACAUCGUCGUCGUUGUCGUCCACAACCUCAUUAACAAGAUCAGUGACAGCUACUUCUUCUGCUUUAUCGCCAGCGCAAGCGGCUGCGCCAUCGUCAUCAUCAUUAUUAAUAUCAUCAUCAUCAUCUUCAUCAUCAUCAAGAUCGUCAUCAAAAUUAUCAUCUUCAUCAACAUUGUCAUCAUCAUGUAGGGGACAACCUCAGGCGAACGUCGAAACCAUGGAGACUUGUCCUGAACAACAACUAGGGCUGCCGUCAGCCGAAGGAAUGGAGAAAGUCAUUGACAACGAAAGGAAAAUUCGCAUUCGUAAGCUACAGCAGGAUUUGACCCGAAUACAGAGGGAGCUACUGGCACUUGAUGAUCUUGAGUAUGAGGUUUCUUACGUCUGAAUAAAAGGGCAGAAGAGAGGAAGGAAGCAGGGAAGGAAGGGAGGGAGAGAAAGAGGAAAGAGAAGAAGAAGCUUAGAGAGAAUCGUGCUUCGUGUUACGUCCUACUCACUCAUGCUCUUGCUGUUUCUCCAGUUUGACACCACCAUCACCACCGUAGACAAUACCACCACCGCCACCACGUACACACAUACACACACACACAUACACACUCACAUACACACUCACAUACACAACACAUACAUACUCCACUUACAUAGACACACAAUAAACAUGCACGGACAUGUUACAUAUCAAUAUCAAAUAUACAUUGUUCUUACACACAAAAAGAGCAUAUUAACAUAUCAACGGCGGAAAACAACUAUUGGUGGUUGCUAGAAAUAGCAGGCACAUCGUCCUCGAUUCAUGCCUUACUCUUUUAGUAAAGGACACAAUGGCUCCUAUGACGCUGAAUGAUAUAUAUGGGGUGCAGCAAGGGUAUAUGAAGUUCGCCCCUUUCUCAGUAUUGCAAAUUAGGUAAGCGCCAUUUUCUAUAACCUGAAGUCAAUCAAUGAGUGAAAAUGGGUGGAGGGAAACUAUGCGGAAGCCCAUCGGGUGGAUUCCACAUGUAAUUCAAAGGCCCGGACUAGUUCCUGUGUCGUGUUGCAUUCAGAGUACGGACCUCUAUUAUACUCAGCCACGUAUACGCUAAUUCAAUGAGGCUGGUAGUUCAAGUAAUUGAACACUUGAACACUCAUGAUCAUAAAUAUUGAUUCCAAGGUCGAUUUUUUUUUGUGUGUGUGCGUACGUGUCGGCGUAUGUCUGUGCGUGCGUGUGUGUAUGUGUAUAUGUGUGUGUGUGUGUGUGUGUGUGUGUGUGUGUGUGUGUGUGUGUGUGUGUGUGUGUGCGUGCAUGAAUGAGCGAGCGUGUGUGUACAAUUCAGCAACACGGUCACAUACAUAAUGACACAACU